GUUCUUAAACUCUGCUGGAUCCACAGAAGGAGCGGGUUUGUUGUCUGCUACAGCUGUCUCAUCCUCCGCCUCCCUGCACAUCCGCAGGGACGAGGAGCGGAGUGUGGGAGAGGAGGGAUGGCCGCCGGGGGGGGAUGCGGGGACACGGUGGAGCAGUGCCGGGCGGAGGUGGAGAGGCUCAGCCGGGAGCUGGCAGAGGCCAACCGGGAGAAGGUCCGUGCCGCGGAAUGCGGGCUUGUUGUCCUGGAGGAGAACCAGACUCUGAAGCAGCAGUACGCGGAACUGGAGGCAGAGCAGGAGGCGCUCAGGCUGGAGCUGGAACAGCUACAGGAGGCGUUCUGCCAGGCCUGCUCCACCCAGCGCAAGGUGGCAGCAGACGGGGAGAGCACGGAGGAGUCCCUGCUGCAGGAGUCAGCCAGCAAGGAGGCCUUCUACAUGAGCCGUCUGCUGGAGCUGCAGGCCCAGCUCAAGCACUGCCGAGCUAAAGCCUCCAGCACCCUGGCGGACAACCAGCACCUGGGAACACUGCUGCAGGACCUGCGUGAGAGUAAGGAGAUGCUGGAGUUGCAGAGGAGCAGGGGGAGGGAGGAGUUGAGAGAGUACAAGUUCAGAGAAGCUCGACUGCUGCAGGACUACAGCGAGCUGGAGGAGGAGAACAUCUCCCUGCAGAAGCUGGUGUCCACACUCAGACAGAACCAGGUGGAGUUUGAAGGUCUGAAACACGAGAUCAAAGUUCUGGAGGAGGAGACGGAAGUCCUGAGGAGCCAACUGGAGGACGCGCUGCGUCUGAAGGACAUCUCCGAUAGCCAAUUGGAGGAAGCGCUGGACUCGCUGAAAAGCGAGCGUGAGCAGAAGAAUCACCUCCGCAAGGAGCUGGUGCAUCACCUGAGCAUCUGUGAUGUCACCUACACAGGGUCUGCCCACCUGGCCUUCACCUCCGCCCCGCCCAGCGGCACUGCCACGCCCACAUCCAUUCAGUCUCCUAGCAACGAGGAGCCGGUGCGGUGCAACGGACAUCUCCAUGGCAACGCAGUGACGGGCUGCAGCGGGUCGUUGCCCAGAGCCAAUGGGGAGUGUCGAGCAGCGGGGCGCAGAGGGGAGGGCGGGGCCGACCUGUUCAGUGAGAUGAAUAUGACGGAGAUUCAGAAGCUGAAGCAACAACUGAUGGAGGUGGAGUGUGAGAAGGCAGGGCUGUUGAGCAGCCUGCAGGAGAGCCAGACCCAGCUGCAGCACACACAGAGUGCCUUGGCUCAGCAGCACGAGAGGGCCCUCCGCCUCAGCCAGAGAGUCACAGCACUCAGACGCCUGCACCGUGAAGCCCACCUCGCCCACCAGGCCCAUCCAGACUCAAAGACCCAGCUCCACCGUGAGACCCUCAUGGAGCAGGGUGGGGAGGAGGAGGAGGAAGAGGAGGUGUCCAGAGUGUUCCCCCACCACACCCCGGGCCUGGAGAUCCUGCAGUGUAAGUAUCGCGUGGCGGUGACUGAGGUGGUGGAGCUGAAGGCAGAGCUGCGAGGGCUCCGAGAGCAGCAGGCCUUGCAGGAGCGAACCCGGGGCCUGGUGCGCCGCCACAGCCUGGAGGAGAAGGUGGACCGGCUGGAGGACGAGCUGAAGGAGGCGCGGGGGCGAGCGGGGGAGAGUCAGGCGGCGCUGGGCGCGGCACAGGAUGAGCUGGUGAUGUUCAGUGAGGAGCUGGCCCAGCUCUACCACCACGUGUGCCUCUGCAACAACGAGACGCCCAACCGCGUCAUGCUCGACUACUACCGGCAGGGCCGCGGUCCGAGGGCCGGACUGGGCGGGCCCAAGGGGGCGGCGGCUGAUGAUGACAGCAGGGUCCUGCUCACGCCGCGAUUGGCCCGGAGGCUUGCCGCUGUUGUCGCAGCAACCGGCUCGUCGGGGGAGUCGCGGAGCCCCUCUGAGUCGCCGUCCAAGGAGGGGGGGAGGGAAGGGGGGAAGACUCCUCCUACCGGCUCCCCCAGCAUCAGUGCCUCUUCAUCUUCAUCUUCAUCAUCUUCACCCGCUCUGGAGACAGCUGGAGACCUGCGCAGAGAACCCAUGAACAUCUACAACCUCAACGCCAUCAUCAAAGAACAGGUGCGCCACCUUCAGAGGGCGGUGGACCGGGCGCUGCAGCUGUCCCGGCAGAGAGCAGCGGCCAGGGAGCUGGCGCCUCUGCUGGACAAGGACAAGGACAGCUGCCUGGAGGAGAUCCUCAAGCUGAAGGCUCUGCUUAGCACCAAGAGAGAGCAGGUGGCUACCCUGCGCCUCGUCCUCAAGGCCAACAAGCAGACAGCCGAGGGUGCUCUGGCCAACCUGAAGAGUAAGUACGAGAACGAAAAGGCAAUGGUGACGGACACCAUGACCAAGCUGAGGAACGAGCUGAAGGCCUUAAAGGAGGACGCUGCCACAUUCUCCUCACUGCGCGCCAUGUUCGCCACCACGUGUGACCAGUAUAUGAUCCGUCUGGAUGAGAUGCAGAGGCAGCUGACAGCAGCGGAGGAUGAGAAGAAGACCCUGAACUCGCUGCUCCGCAUGGCCAUCCAGCAGAAGCUGGCUCUGACGCAGCGCCUGGAGGACCUGGCGUUCGACCAGGAGCUGAGCCACCGCUCCCCAGGGGGUAAGGGCCCUCGGCCCCGGACCAGCACCCCUAAAGUAAGUCACCCAGCCUCUGCCUCAGCCCCUUCCCCCGGCCUCUCCGAUGCCCCACUCAGUCCAGUGACUACAGCCCCUGCCUCCCUGACCCUGGCUUUCACCUCCUCCACCCCGCCUGCACCCCCCUCGCCCCCCCGCCCCUGCCCCCUCCCCAGCCCGUCCUCCAGAGCCUCCACCGCUCACUCCAUCCCAGGGAGCCCUCCCGCCUUGGAGGCCCCCUCCUCGCCCCCCUCCUCCCCCACCUCUUCCCCCCGGCGUCUGGCUCAGAGCCUGGGAACACAGGGGGGCCAGGAGGCUGGGGUCCGGGGGGGCCAGGAGGCUGGGGUCCGGGGGGACCAAGGGGCCCAGACCCUCCUGGUGGACAGCAUGAGUGUAGACCACUCCCACCUUCCUCGUUGCUCGGCCGUGUCCAGAAUAUUUUCCCCUGACACCCGGUCAUCCCCCACUCGCCCCGCCCUGCCAGGCUCCGCCCCCUCAUCCCCGUAUCGCUCGCCCCUGCUGACGCGGAGAUCCGCCUGGAGCUCCUCCUCCAGGACACGCCCCCUUGCCAGCCUAUCACGCCCCUCGUACUCCUCCUCCUCCUCCUAUGCCUCCUCUUCCUCCUACCAUAGUCCCUCCUCCUUCUACAGUCCCUCUUCAUUCUACAGUCACUCCAACAGCUACAGCCCUCUCUACCCCCGUUACUAUAGCUACCAUAGACCUCCUCACUGACAGCAAACCAUAUAUAUCCCAGUAACCCCUUUUACUAGACUAUAACUCUCAUCUACCAUCUCAUUAAUGAAACUGUGUUCCCAUAACCCCUCAAUUGACAUUAAACUUCAACACCCACCUACUCUUUCACUGAUGAAACUACAGUUCCUAUAAUCCCUCAAUUGACAUUAAACUACAACUGGCAUCAGCCUUCUCUCUGGCGAUGGGACUCACAGAGAGGAUGACAGACUGGUUUCCUGUUUGCUAUUUCCUGUGCCUGGGCCUGUGGGCGGAAAUUCUUUGUGACUUUGCUCAGGGAUUUGACACAAGGAGCACAAGAGGCCCUGUCCUGCGAGGUGCUAACCCUCCAGGACACUCCGACUGGGACAGACUGACCUGACGUAGAGACAAGCAACUGGGAGGAGAGAGAGCAUGCUAGACUCCCCCAGGACACAGGACAGACUUUACACUGGUCCUUUUCACAUUGGACUGAUAUCACUACAGAUCUGCUACUUGAAUAUAUCCAGUCCCAUUAUUGUCUGUUUUGAAAUAAUAUUACACACAGCACUGUAACCAAAUGUCCUUCACUCAAGUAUGCAGAGCUUGAUACAAGGUAUUGAUAUGUGUAGUUUGCAACUGUUCAUAUAUGUGGAUGUUGUUGGACUUACAACGCUUCUAUUGAACACUAAACUCACCAUUGUACUGCAUCACUCUAUCUAAGCCUCUAUUACCACCUUGUGGACCUAUUUGUUACUGUCAUGAUCAUGGUCCAUAGUCCAACAGUGAUAUUGUUCUCAACUGCUCAAAAUAGCUUUUUUUUCUUGUGUCUUUUCCUGAAAGGCGGGGGAAGAAGGUUAUUUCAUCCUGUUCAGACCCCCCUGCCUCAUAUCAGUAUCAGAUGUAGUGUGAGCUCCCCCGAGGGCUGGGAGGGGUAUUGCGCCCAGCCUCAGGGGAGACAAGCUCUACUCUCAGGGAAUGUGACACACAUCUACAGGAACAACGAGGUACUGUAGUUAGCUACAACCACCACAGGUCAGCUGUGAACAUGUGCCUGCUCAGUGCACUGCAGUACCCAGACAGGCUGAC